AUGACAUGGCAAAACAGAAAUAAAGCUAUCAUUGAGGGUCGUUAUUGUGCACAAGAUGUGAUUUUUAACAGAGCCCAUCACUUGGCUGGUGUGGGUGGAAUUGGCGCUGUUGUUAGAAAUGACAAAGGGGAAGUGAUGGCGGCUAUGGCCCUUCCUCUUGCCAGUGCCACCUCAUCUAAACAUGCGGAGAUCAUGGCGUUUCUUUUCGGGAUGAAAUUUGCUCGGGAUGCUGGUUGUUCUUCCAUUUUAAUUGAAUCUGAUUCACAAGGGGUGGUAAAUGAUGUAAAAAAGGACGAGGAAGAGUCUUGGGCAUCAGAUGGGCAUCUUAUUGGUGAUAUUAAGAGGAGUCUACAACACUUUGAAGAUGUUAUUAUCUCUUAUAGUCCAAGAGGGGUUAACCAAGUAGCGCAUUUUCUAGCAAAGCAUGCUCUUAAUUGUAAUACUAUAGUAACUUGGAUUGAAGAAGUUCCCUUCUGGUUGGAAUCAAUUAUAAACGAUGACAUGGUUGUAUCCUCUUAA